AUGGGGCUGCCACUGGCCCGCCUGGUGGCCCUCUGCCUGGCCCUGACCUGGGCCGGGGGCGCGGAGCUCCAGAGAGAAGGCAGAACCCGGAACCACGGCCGCAACGUCUGCAGCACCUGGGGCGACUUCCACUACAAGACCUUCGACGGCGACGUCUUCCGCUUCCCGGGCCUGUGCGACUACAACUUCGCCUCCGACUGCCGAGACGCCUACAGGGAGUUCGCUGUGCACCUGAGACGGGGCCCCGGCGGCAGUGGGGGCCCCUCCCAGGUCGAGCACAUCCUGCUGACGGUCAAGGACGACACCAUCUACCUCACUCAGCAGCUGGUCGUGGUGAACGGGGCCAUGGUCAGCACCCCGCACUAUAGCCCGGGGCUGCUCAUUGAGAGGAGUGCCGUCUACACCAAGGUCUAUUCCCGAGCCGGCCUUGCUCUCGUGUGGAACAGAGAGGACUCGGUCAUGCUGGAGCUGGACAGUAAGUUCCAGAACCACACGUGUGGCCUCUGCGGAGACUACAACAGCCUGCAGACCUACUCAGAGUUCCUCUCGGAGGGCGUCCCCUUCAGCCCCUUGGAGUUCGGGAACAUGCAGAAGAUCAACACGCCCGAGGAGAAGUGUGACGACCCCGAGGAGGCACAGGCCACGCCGUCCUGCUCUGAGCACCGCGCCGAGUGCGAGAGGCUGCUGACGGACGUGGCCUUCGAGGACUGCCAGGGGCUGGUGCCGCUGGAGCUGUACGUGCAGGCCUGCGUGCAGGACCGCUGUCAGUGCCCGCAGGGCACCUCCUGCGUCUGCAGCACGAUCGCCGAGUUCUCCCGCCAGUGCUCCCACGCCGGUGGGCGGCCCGGGAACUGGAGGACCGCCAAGCUCUGCCCUAAGAGCUGCCCUGGGAACAUGGUUUACCUGGAGAGCAGCUCGCCCUGCGUGGACACCUGCUCACACCUGGAGGUCAGCAGCCUGUGCGAGGAGCACCGCAUGGAUGGCUGUUUCUGCCCCGAAGGCACUGUGUAUGAUGACAUCACGGGCAGAGGCUGCAUCCCCGUGAGCCAGUGUCACUGCAAGCUGCACAGGCACCAGUAUGCGCCCGGCCAGCAGGUCACCAACAACUGCGAGCAAUGUGUCUGCAACGCUGGCCGCUGGGUGUGCCAGGACCUGCAGUGCCCUGGGGCCUGUGCCCUGGAGGGCGGCUCCCACAUCACCACCUUCGAUGGGAGGAAGUACACGUUCCACGGGGACUGCUACUACGUGCUGACCAAGGGCACCCACAACGACUCCUACGCCGUCCUGGGUGAGCUGACCCCCUGCGGCUCCACAGACAAGCAGACCUGCUUGAAGACAGUGGUGCUGCUGGCCGACAACAAGAAGAACGUGGUGCUCUUCAAGUCGGACGGCAGCGUCCUGCUGAACGAGCUGCAGGUCAACCUGCCCCACGUGACAGCGAGCUUCUCCAUCUUUCAACCAUCCUCCCACCACCUCCUCGUGGACACGGCCUUCGGCCUCAGGCUGCAGGUGCAGCUGGCGCCCAUGAUGCAGCUCUUCCUGACCCUGGACCAGGCUGCCCAGGGGCGCGUGCAGGGCCUCUGCGGGAACUUCAACGGCCUGGAAGGCGAUGAUUUCAAGACGGCCGGUGGGCUGGUGGAGGCCACGGGCGCCGGCUUCGCCAACACCUGGAAGGCCCAGUCGAGCUGCCACGACAAGGUGGACUGGCUGGACGACCCCUGCUCCCUCAACAUUGAGAGUGCCAACUACGCGGAGCACUGGUGCUCCCUGUUGAAGAAGACGGGGACCCCGUUCGGCAGGUGCCACUCCGCCGUGGACCCAGCCGAGUAUUACAAGAGGUGCAAAUACGACACGUGCAACUGCCAGAACACGGAAGACUGCCUGUGUGCCGCCCUGUCCUCCUACGCCCGUGCCUGUGCCGCCAAGGGCGUCAUGCUGUGGGGCUGGCGGGAGCGCGUCUGCAACAAGGACGUGGGCUCCUGCCCCCAGUCGCAGAUCUUUCGGUACAACCUGACCACCUGCCAGCAGACCUGCCGCUCGCUGUCCGAGGCUGACGCCCACUGUCUGGAGGGCUUCGCGCCCGUGGACGGCUGCGGCUGCCCCGACCAAACCUUCCUGGACGAGAAGGGCCGCUGCGUGCCCCUGGCCAAGUGCUCCUGCUACCACCGCGGCCUCUACCUGGAGGCGGGGGAGGUGGUCCUGAGGCAGGAGGAGCGAUGCGUCUGCCGGUCCGGGAGGCUGCACUGUGUACCGGUCAAGCUGCUGGGCCAGAGCUGUGAGGCCCCAAAGGUCCACGUCGACUGCAACAACCUGACGGCGCUGGCCAUCCGGAACCCCAGGCCCGUCAGCUGCCAGACGCUGGCUGCCGGCUAUUACCAGACAGAGUGCGUCAGCGGCUGCGUGUGCCCCGAGGGCCUGCUUGACGACGGCCGGGGCGGCUGCGUGGUGGAGGAGGCGUGCCCGUGUGUGCACAACGAGGACCUGUACUCCCCGGGGGACAGAAUCCGGGUGGACUGCAACACCUGCACCUGCCGGAAAGGGCGCUGGGCGUGCACCCAGUCUGUGUGCCACGGCACCUGUGCCAUCUACGGGAGCGGCCACUACAUCACCUUUGACGGGAAGUACUAUGACUUUGACGGACACUGCUCCUACGUGGCCGUUCAGGACUACUGUGGCCAGAAGUCCCCGCGGGGCUCCUUCAGCAUCAUCACGGAGAACGUCCCUUGUGGCACCACGGGUGUCACCUGCUCCAAGGCCAUCAAGAUCUUCCUGGGGAGGACUGAGCUGAAGCUGGAGGACAAACACCCAACGGUGAUCCAGCGCGAUGUGGGCCACCAUGUGUCCUACACCACGCGGGAGGUGGGCCAGUACCUGGUGGUGGAGGCCAGCGUGGGCGUCAUCGUCAUCUGGGACAAGAAGACCACCGUCUUCAUCAAGCUGGCCCCCUCCUACAAGGGCACGGUGUGCGGCCUUUGCGGGAACUUCGACCAGCGAUCCAACAACGACUUCACCACCCGAGACCACAUGGUGGUGGACAGCGAGCUGGACUUUGGUAACAGCUGGAAGGAGGCGUCCGCCUGUCCGGACGUGAGCACCAUUCCAGUGCCCUGCUCCCUGAACCCGCACCGCCGCUCCUGGGCGGAGAAGCAGUGCAGCCUCAUCAAGAGCAAAGUCUUCCGCGUCUGCCACAGCAAGGUGGACCCCAAGCCCUUCUAUGAGGCCUGCGUCCACGACUCGUGCUCCUGUGACACUGGAGGGGACUGUGAGUGCUUCUGCUCUGCCGUGGCCUCCUACGCCCAGGAGUGCACCAAGGAGGGAGCCUGCGUGUUCUGGAGGACGCCAGACCUGUGCCCCAUAUUCUGCGACUACUACAACCCCCCGGACGAGUGUGAGUGGCACUACGAGCCCUGCGGGAACCGAAGCUUCGAGACCUGUAGGACCAUCAACGGCAUCCACUCCAACAUCUCCGUGUCCUACUUGGAGGGCUGCUACCCCCGGUGCCCCAAGGACAGGCCCAUCUUCGACGAGGACCGUAAGAAGUGUGUCCCAGCGGACAAGUGCGGUUGCUACAUUGAGGACAUUCACUACCCACCCGGAGCGUCUGUGCCCCCGGAGCACGUCUGCCAGUCUUGCCUGUGUACGCCCUCCUCACAAGUUGUCUGCUGGCCGGUGGAAGGGAAGGUUGUCAACUACACCCAGGACGGCUCUUUCUGCUACUGGGAGAUCUGCGGCCCCAAUGGGACACUGGUGAAUCACUUCAACAUCUGCGUUUCAACCCCCUCGACCCCCACCACCAGCCCCACCCCCACCACCAGCCCCACCACCACCACCAGCACCACUUGGACUCCCAGCACAGGUAAGGCCCCCAUCACCACACCAAGCCUCUGCUGCGUCUGGUCCGACUGGAUCAACGACCACCACCCCAGCGGCGACAGUGGUGGUGGGGACCACGAGACAUCCGACCACGUCUGCAGGGCCCCCCAGGACAUCCAGUGCAGGGCUGCCACGGAGCCCCACCUCAGCUGGACGGAGCUGGGCCAGGAGGCCCAGUGCAACAUCUCCUUUGGGUUCAUUUGCAAGAAUGAAGACCAGUUUGGAAAGGGACCAUUUGGACUCUGCUACGACUACGAGAUACGCGUCUACUGCUGCCUGCCAAUGGAGGAGUGCCCCACGACCACGCCGCCAACCACGCCCAGCUCCAGCACCCACACCGUGCCAACCACCACCCCCAUUCCGCCCACUACCACUCCUACCCCGCCAACUACCACCCCCACUACCACCCCGCCAAGCACCAUUUCCACCACUCCGCCAACCACUACUCCCAUUCCGCCAACAACCACCCAAACACCACCAACUACCACCCCCAUCUCCACUCCACCAACCACCACUUCCACCACUCCGUUAACCACCACUCCCACCACUCCGCCAACCACUACUUCCAUUCCGCCAACCACCACCCUUACCCCACCAAGUUCCACCCCCACUACCACCCCGCCAAGCACCACUUCCACUUCUCCGCCAACCACUACUCCCAUUCCGCCCACCACCACCCCUACCCCACCAACUACCACCCCCAUCUCCACUCCACCAACCACCACUUCCACCACUCCGUUAACCACCACUCCCACCACUCCGCCAACCACUACUUCCAUUCCGCCAACCACCACCCUUACCCCACCAAGUUCCACCCCCACUGUCACCUCGCCAAGCACCACUUCCACUUCUCCGCCAACCACUACUCCCAUUCCGCCAACAACCACCCAAACACCACCAACUACCACCCCCAUCUCCACUCCACCAACCACCACUUCCACCACUCCACCAACCACUACUCCCAUUUCUCCAACCACCACCCUCACCCCGCCAACUACCACCCCUACUCCUAACCCGCCAAGCACCACUUCCACCACUCCGCCAACCACUACUCCCAUUCCGCCCACCACCACCCCUACCCCACCAACUACCACAACCACUACUCCCAUUCCGCCCACCACCACCCCUACCCCACCAACUACCACCCCCAUCUCCACUCCACCAACCACCACUUCCACCACUCCGUUAACCACCACUCCCACCACUCCGCCAACCACUACUUCCAUUCCGCCCACCACCACCCCUACCCCACCAACUACCACCCCCAUCUCCACUCCACCAACCACCACUUCCACCACUCCGUUAACCACCACUCCCACCACUCCGCCAACCACUACUUCCAUUCCGCCAACCACCACCCUUACCCCACCAAGUUCCACCCUCACUGUCACCUCGCCAAGCACCACUUCCACCUCUCCGCCAACCACCACUUCCACCACUCCGCCAACCACUACUCCCAUUCCGCCCACCACCACCCCUGCCCCACCAACUACCACCCCCACUCCCACCCCGCUAAGCACAACUUCCACCUCUCCGCCAACCACCACUUCCACCACUCUGCCAACCACUACUCCCAUUCCGCCCACCACCACCCCUACCCCACCAACUACCACCCCCAUCUCCACAGUGACAUCGACUACUCCGUGUGUGCCUCAGUGCAAGUGGACUGGCUGGCUGGAUUCUGGUAAACCGAGCUUUGACAAGACGGGCGGAGACUUUGAAUCCCUCGAGGACAUCUGCAAGUUGGGCUGGGCAGCCAACAUCUCCUGCAGAGCCACCAUGCAUCCCAGCGUUCCCAUCCAAGAGCUUGGACAGACUGUUGUGUGCAACACCUCGGUUGGGCUCGUGUGCAGAAACCAAGACCAGAAGCCAGGGGGAGCCAUUCCCAUGCCUUACUGCCUCAACUAUGAGAUCAACGUCUACUGCUGUGAUCUUCCAGAUUACUGUACACCAACCCCAACACCCACCACCACUUCAACUGGAACCCCAACUCCGACACCCACCACAUCAACUGGGACCCCAACUCCAACACCCACGACCUCUUCAACUGGAACCCCAACUCCAACACCCACCACAUCAACUGGGACCCCAACUCCAACACCUACCACCACUUCAACUGGAACCCCAACUCCGACACCCACCACCACAUCAACUGGAACCCCAACUCCAAGCCCCACCACCACUUCCACUGGAACCCCAACUCCGACACCCACCACCACAUCAACUGGGACCCCAACUCCAAGCCCCACCACCACUUCAACUGGAACCCCAACUCCGACACCCACCACAUCAACUGGGACCCCAACUCCGACACCCACCACAUCAACUGGGACCCCAACUCCGACACCUACCACCACCACUUCAACUGGAACACCAACUCCAACACCCACCACCACAUCAACUGGGACCCCAACUCCAAGCCCCACCACCUCUUCAACUGGAACCCCAACUCCAACACCCACCACAUCAACUGGGACCCCAACUCCGACACCCACCACAUCAACUGGAACCCCAACUCCGACACCCACCACAUCAACUGGGACCCCAACUCCGACACCUACCACCACAUCAACUGGGACCCCAACUCCAACACCUACCACCACUUCAACUGGAACCCCAACUCCGACACCCACCACCACAUCAACUGGGACCCCAACUCCAAGCCCCACCACCACUUCAACUGGAACCCCAACUCCGACACCCACCACAUCAACUGGGACCCCAACUCCGACACCUACCACCACUUCAACUGGAACCACAACUCUGACACCCACCACAUCAACUGGGACCCCAACUCCAACACCCACCACCUCUUCAACUGGGACCCCAACUCCGACACCCACCAUCACAUCAACUGGGACCCCAACUCCAAGCCCCACCACCACUUCAACUGGGACCCCAACUCCGACACCCACCACAUCAACUGGGACCCCAACUCCGACACCCACAUCAACUGGGACCCCAACUCCGACACCCACCACCACUUCAACUGGAACCCCAACUCCGACACCCACCACAUCAACUGGGACCCCAACUCCGACACCUACCACCACUUCAACUGGAACCCCAACUCUGACACCCACCACAUCAACUGGGACCCCAACUCCAAGCCCCACCACCACUUCAACUGGAACCCCAACUCCGACACCCACCACAUCAACUGGGACCUCAACUCCGACACCUACCACCUCUUCAACUGGAACCCCAACUCCAACACCCACCACAUCAACUGGGACCCCAACUCCGACACCUACCACCACUUCAACUGGAACCCCAACUCCGACACCUACCACCACCACUUCAACUGGAACCCCAACUCCGACACCCACCACCACAUCAACUGGGACCCCAACUCCGACACCCACCACAUCAACUGGGACCCCAACUCCGACACCUACCACCACAUCAACUCGAACCCCAACUCCGACACCCACCACCACAUCAACGGGGCCCCCAACUCCGACACCCACCACCACAUCAACUGGGACCCCAACUCCGACACCCACCACCACUUCAACUUGGACCCCAACUCCAAGCCCUACCACCACUUCAACUGGAACCCCAACUCCGACACCCACCACCACAUCAACUGGGACCCCAACUCCGACACCUACCACCACUUCAACUGGAACCCCAACUCCAGCACCCACCACCACAUCAACUGGGACCCCAACUCCAAGCCCCACCACCACUUCAACUGGAACCCCAACUCCGACACCCACCACAUCAACUGGGAUCCGAACUCUGACACCUACCACCACUUCAACUGGAACCCCAACUCCGACACCCACCACAUCAACUGGGACCCCAACUCCAACACCCACCACCACAUCAACUGGAACCCCAACUCCGACACCCACCACUUCAACUGGAACCCCAACUCCGACACCCACCACAUCAACUGGGACCCCAACUCCAACACCUACCACCACUUCAACUGGAACCCCAACUCCAACAACCACCACCACAUCAACUGGGACCCCAACUCCAAGCCCUACCACCACUUCAACUGGAACCCCAACUCCGACACCCACCACCACAUCAACUGGGACCCCAACUCCGACACCUAUCACCACUUCAACUGGAACCCCAACUCCAACACCCACCACCACAUCAACUGGAACCCCAACUCCGACACCCACCACCACAUCAACUGGAACCCCAACUCCGACACCUACCACCACUUCAACUGGAACCCCAACUCCGACACCCACCACAUCAACUGGGACCCCAACUCCGACACCCACCACCACAUCAACUGGGACCCCAACUCCGACACCUACCACCACUUCAACUGGAACCCCAACUCCAACACCCACCACCACAUCAACUGGGACCACAACUCCAAGCCCCACCACCACUUCAACUGGAACCCCAACUCCGACACCCACCACAUCAACUGGGACCCCAACUCCAACACCCACCACCUCUUCAACUGGAACCCCAACUCCGACACCCUCAUCAACUGGGACUCCAACUCCGACACCUACCACCACAUCAACUGGAACCACAACUCUGACACCCUCCACCACAUCAACUGGAACCCCAACUCCGACACCCACCACCAUUUCAACUGGAACCCCAACUCUGACACCCACCACCACAUCAACUGGAACCCCAACUCCGACACCCACCACCACAUCAACUGGGACCCCAACUCCGACACCCACCACAUCAACUGGGACCCCAACUCCGACACCCACCACAUCAACUGAGACCCCAACUCCGACACCUACCACCACAUCAACUGGGACCCCAACUCCGACACCCACCACAUCAACUGGGACCCCAACUCCGACACCUACCACCACAUCAACUGGAACCCCAACUCCGACACCCACCACCACAUCAACUGGAACCCCAACUCCAACACCCACCACCACUUCAACUGGAACCACAACUCCGACACCCACCACAUCAACUGGGAUCCCAACUCCUACACCUACCACCACUUCAACUGGAACCCCAACUCCGACACCCAACACCACAUCAACUGGGACUCCAACUCCAAGCCCCACCACCACUUCAACUGGAACCCCAACUCCGACACCCACCACAUCAACUGGGACCCCAAUUCCGACACCUACCACCACUUCAACUGGAACCCCAACUCCGACACCCACCAUCACAUCAACUGGGACCCCAACUCCAAGCCCCACCACCACUUCAACUGGAACCCCAACUCCGACACCCACCACAUCAACUGGGACACCAACUCCGACACCUACCACCACUUCAACUGGAACCACAACUCCGACACCCACCACAUCAACUGGGACCCCAACUCCAACACCCACCACCUCUUCAACUGGAACCCCAACUCCGACACCUACCACCACUUCAACUGGAACCCCAACUCUGACACCUACCACCACUUCAACUGGAACCCCAACUCCCACACCCACCACCACAUCAACUGGGACCCCAACUCCAAGCCCCACCACCACUUCAACUGGAACCCCAACUCCGACACCCACCACCACAUCAACUGGGACCCCAACUCCAACACCCACCACCACUUCAACUGGAACCCCAACUCCGACACCCACCACAUCAACUGGGACCCCAACUCCAAGCCCUACCACCACUUCAACUGGAACCCCAACUCCGACACCCACCACCACAUCAACUGGGACCCCAACUCCAAGCCCCACCACCACUUCAACUGGAACCCCAACUCCGACACCCACCACAUCAACUGGGACCCCAACUCCAACACCCACCACCACUUCAACUGGAACCCCAACUCCAACACCCACCACAUCAACUGGGACCCCAACUCCUACACCUACCACCACUUCAACUGGAACCCCAACUCCGACACCCACCACAUCAACUGGGACCCCAACUCCGACACCUACCACCACUUCAACUGGAACCCCAACUCCGACACCCACCACCACAUCAACUGGGACCCCAACUCCAAGCCCCACCACCACUUCAACUGGAACCCCAACUCCGACACCCACCACAUCAACUGGGACCCCAACUCCAACACCCACCACCUCUUCAACUGGAACCCCAACUCCGACACCUACCACCACUUCAACUGGAACCCCAACUCUGACACCUACCACCACUUCAACUGGGACCCCAACUCCAAGCCCCACCACCACUUCAACUGGAACCCCAACUCCAAGCCCCACCACCACUUCAACUGGAACCCCAACUCCGACACCCACCACCACAUCAACUGGGACCCCAACUCCAACACCCACCACCACUUCAACUGGAACCCCGACUCUGACACCCACCACAUCAACUGGGACCCCAACUCCAAGCCCUACCACCACUUCAACUGGAACCCCAACUCCGACACCCACCACCACAUCAACUGGGACCCCAACUCCAAGCCCCACCACCACUUCAACUGGAACCCCAACUCCGACACCCACCACAUCAACUGGGACCCCAACUCCAACACCCACGACCUCUUCAACUGGAACCCCAACUCCAACACCCACCACAUCAACUGGGACCCCAACUCCUACACCUACCACCACUUCAACUGGAACCCCAACUCCGACACCCACCACAUCAACUGGGACCCCAACUCCGACACCUACCACCACUUCAACUGGAACCCCAACUCCGACACCCACCACCACAUCAACUGGGACCCCAACUCCAAGCCCCACCACCACUUCAACUGGAACCCCAACUCCGACACCCACCACAUCAACUGGGACACCAACUCCAACACCCACCACCACUUCAACUGGAACCACAACUCCGACACCCACCACAUCAACUGGGACCCCAACUCCGACACCUACCACCACUUCAACUGGAACCCCAACUCCGACACCCACCACAUCAACUGGAACCCCAACUCCGACACCCACCACCACAUCAACUGGGACCCCAACUCCGACACCCACCACCACAUCAACUGGGACCCCAACUCCAAGCCCCACCACCACUUCAACUGGAACCCCAACUCCGAUACCCACCACCACUUCAACUGGAACCCCAACUCCGACACCCACCACCACUUCAACUGGAACCCCAACUCCGACACCCACCACAUCAACUGGGACCCCAACUCCGACACCUACCACCACUUCAACUGGAACCCCAACUCCCACACCCACCACCACAUCAACUGGGACCCCAACUCCAAGCCCUACCACCACUUCAACUGGAACCCCAACUCCAACACCCACCACAUCAACUGAGACCCCAACUCCAAGCCCCACCACCACUUCAACUGGAACCCCAACUCCGACACCCACCACAUCAACUGGGACCCCAACUCCAAGCCCCACCACCACUUCAACUGAAACCCCAACUCCGACACCCACCACAUCAACUGGGACCCCAACUCCGACACCUACCACCACUUCAACUGGAACCCCAACUCCGACACCCACCACCACAUCAACUGGGACCCCAACUCCAAGCCCCACCACCACUUCAACUGGAACCCCAACUCCGACACCCACCACAUCAACUGGGACCCCAACUCCGACACCCACCACAUCAACUGGGACCCCAACUCCGACACCUACCACCACUUCAACUGGAACCCCAACUCUGACACCCACCACAUCAACUGGGACCCCAACUCCAACACCUACCACCACUUCAACUGGAACCCCAACUCCAACACCCACCACCACAUCAACUGGGACCCCAACUCCAACACCCACCACCACUUCAACUGGAACCCCAACUCCGACACCCACCACCACAUCAACUGGGACCCCAACUCCUACACCUACCACCACUUCAACUGGAACCCCAACUCCGACACCCACCACAUCAACUGGGACCCCAACUCCGACACCUACCACCACUUCAACUGGAACCCCAACUCCGACACCCACCACCACAUCAACUGGGACCCCAACUCCAAGCCCCACCACCACUUCAACUGGAACCCCAACUCCGACACCCACCACAUCAACUGGGACCCCAACUCCAACACCCACCACCUCUUCAACUGGAACCCCAACUCCGACACCUACCACCACUUCAACUGGAACCCCAACUCUGACACCUACCACCACUUCAACUGGGACCCCAACUCCAAGCCCCACCACCACUUCAACUGGAACCCCAACUCCAAGCCCCACCACCACUUCAACUGGAACCCCAACUCCGACACCCACCACCACAUCAACUGGGACCCCAACUCCAACACCCACCACCACUUCAACUGGAACCCCGACUCUGACACCCACCACAUCAACUGGGACCCCAACUCCAAGCCCUACCACCACUUCAACUGGAACCCCAACUCCGACACCCACCACCACAUCAACUGGGACCCCAACUCCAAGCCCCACCACCACUUCAACUGGAACCCCAACUCCGACACCCACCACAUCAACUGGGACCCCAACUCCAACACCCACCACCACUUCAACUGGAACCCCAACUCCAACACCCACCACAUCAACUGGGACCCCAACUCCUACACCUACCACCACUUCAACUGGAACCCCAACUCCGACACCCACCACAUCAACUGGGACCCCAACUCCGACACCUACCACCACUUCAACUGGAACCCCAACUCCGACACCCACCACCACAUCAACUGGGACCCCAACUCCAAGCCCCACCACCACUUCAACUGGAACCCCAACUCCGACACCCACCACAUCAACUGGGACACCAACUCCAACACCCACCACCACUUCAACUGGAACCACAACUCCGACACCCACCACAUCAACUGGGACCCCAACUCCGACACCUACCACCACUUCAACUGGAACCCCAACUCCGACACCCACCACAUCAACUGGAAGCCCAACUCCGACACCCACCACCACAUCAACUGGGACCCCAACUCCGACACCCACCACCACAUCAACUGGGACCCCAACUCCAAGCCCCACCACCACUUCAACUGGAACCCCAACUCCGAUACCCACCACCACAUCAACUGGGACCCCAACUCCAACACCCACCACCACUUCAACUGGAACCCCAACUCCGACACCCACCACAUCAACUGGGACCCCAACUCCGACACCUACCACCACUUCAACUGGAACCCCAACUCCCACACCCACCACCACAUCAACUGGGACCCCAACUCCAAGCCCUACCACCACUUCAACUGGAACCCCAACUCCAACACCCACCACAUCAACUGAGACCCCAACUCCAAGCCCCACCACCACUUCAACUGGAACCCCAACUCCGACACCCACCACAUCAACUGGGACCCCAACUCCAAGCCCCACCACCACUUCAACUGAAACCCCAACUCCGACACCCACCACAUCAACUGGGACCCCAACUCCGACACCUACCACCACUUCAACUGGAACCCCAACUCCGACACCCACCACCACAUCAACUGGGACCCCAACUCCAAGCCCCACCACCACUUCAACUGGAACCCCAACUCCGACACCCACCACAUCAACUGGGACCCCAACUCCGACACCCACCACAUCAACUGGGACCCCAACUCCGACACCUACCACCACUUCAACUGGAACCCCAACUCUGACACCCACCACAUCAACUGGGACCCCAACUCCAACACCUACCACCACUUCAACUGGAACCCCAACUCCAACACCCACCACCACAUCAACUGGGACCCCAACUCCAACACCCACCACCACUUCAACUGGAACCCCAACUCCGACACCCACCACCACAUCAACUGGGACCCCAACUCCAAGCCCCACCACCACUUCAACUGGAACCCCAACUCCGACACCCACCACCCCAAGUCCAACACCCACCACAUCAACUGAGACCCCAACUCCGACACCCACCACCACUUCACCUGGAACCCCAACUACGACACCCACCACCACAUCAACUGGGACCCCAACUCCAAACCCUACCACCACUUCGACUGUGACUCCAACUCCAACCCCCACCUCCACCACCCCCAGGAUCACCACAAGCACUGGCUUUUCCUUCUCCUCCCCGAUGAACAUCUGCUGUUCUUUGGACGAUACGUACUAUGCCCCAGGUGAGCUGGUGUACAAUGGCACCUACGGAGAUACCUGCUAUUACGUGAACUGCUCACUGGACUGCAAAAUCGAGAUCUUCAACUGGUCGUGCCCGUCCACGCCUACCACCCGGCCACCCACGACACCAAGCGUGCCGGCCACCUCCAAGCCCCUCCCUGCGUGCCCAGACUUCGAUCCUCCCAGACAGGAGAAUGAGACCUGGUGGCUGUGUAACUGCACCAUGGCCACGUGCAAGUACAACAACACCGUGGAGCUCGUGGAGGUGAAGUGCGACCCCCCGCCCAUGCCCACCUGCUCCAACGGCCUCGCGCCCGUGCGCGUCAUGGACCCCAAUGGGUGCUGCUGGCACUGGGAGUGCGACUGCUACUGCACGGGCUGGGGGGACCCGCACUACGUCACCUUCGAUGGGCUGUACUACAGCUACCAGGGCAACUGCACGUACGUGCUGGUGGAGGAGGCCACCCCCACCGUGGACAACUUCGGGGUGUACAUCGACAACUACCACUGCGACGUCAACGACCAAGUGUCCUGCCCCCGCACGCUCAUCGUGCGCCACGAGACCCAGGAGGUGCUGCUCAAGACUGUGCACAUGCUGCCCUUGGCGGUGCAGGUGCAGGUCAACAGGCAGGUGGUGGCGCUGCCCUACAAGAAGUACGGGCUGCAGGUGUACGAGUCCGGCAUCAACUACGUGGUGGACAUCCCCGAGCUGGGUGCCCUCAUCUCCUACAACGGCCUCUCCUUCUCUGUCCGGCUGCCCUACCGCCUCUUUGGCAACAACACAAAGGGCCAGUGUGGCACGUGCACCAACACCACCGCGGACGACUGCGUGCUGCCCAGCGGGGAGGUCACGGACGACUGCGAGGUCGCGGCUGACCAGUGGGUGGUGAAUGACCCCUCCAAGCCUCACUGUCCCCACAUCAGCUUCACCACCAGGAGCCCGGCCACCUCGCCGCCCGUGGGCCGCGGCACCACCGCGAGGAAGGACUGCGCGUCUCCCCUCUGCGAGCUCAUCAAGGACAGCUUGUUCGCCGAGUGCCACGCCCUGGCACCUCCCCAGCACUACUACGAGGCCUGCAUGUUCGACAGCUGCUUCGUGCCCAACUCGGGCCUGGAGUGUGCCAGCCUGCAGACCUACGCGGCCCUCUGCGCCCAGGAGGGCAUCUGCGUGGACUGGCGGAACCACACCCACGGAGCCUGCCCGGUGACGUGCCCUGCUCACCGGGAGUACCGGGCCUGUGGUCCUGCAGAAGAGCCCACCUGCAAGUCCAGCCCCUCCCAGCAGAACAGCACGCGCCUGGUGGAAGGCUGCUUCUGCCCCGAGGGCACCAUGAACUACGCCCCCGGCUUCGACGUCUGUGUGGACUUCUGCGGCUGUGUGGGGCCUGACAACGUGCCCAGAGAGUUUGGGGAGCACUUUGAGUUCGACUGCAAGCACUGCCUCUGCCUGGAGGGCGGCAGCGGCAUCACCUGCCGGCCCAAGACCUGUGCCCCGGAGCAGCGCGUGGAGUGCUGGGAGGACGGCACCUACCCCGUCAGGGAGGUCAACCCCUUGGACACCUGCUGCAACGUCACCUCCUGCAAGUGCAACGCCAGCCUGUGCAGGGAGCAGCCCCCGCUGUGCCCGCUGGGCUUCCAAGUGAAGAGCCAGAUGGUCCCUGGGCGGUGCUGCCCCCGCUACUCGUGUGAGCCCAAGGGCGUGUGUGUCAUCAACCAGGCUGAGUACCAGCCCGGCUCUCCAGUCUACUCGUCUAAGUGCCAGAACUGCAUCUGCACGGACCGCAGGGACAACGCCACGCAGCUCAACGUCAUCUCCUGCACCCACGUGCCCUGCAACACCUCCUGCAACCCUGGCUUCAAGCUUGUGGACGCCCCGGGGGAGUGUUGCAAGAAGUGCCAGCAGACCCAGUGUGUCAUCAACCUGCCCGACGACCAGAAGCUGGUCCUGAAGCCCGGGGACAGGAAGAGGGACCCCCUGGACAACUGCACCUUCUUCAGCUGCGUGAAGACACACAACCAGCUCAUCUCCUCCGUCUCCAGCAUCACCUGCCCUGACUUUGACCCCGGCACCUGCGUCCCCGGCUCCGUCACGCUCAUGCCCAACGGCUGCUGCAGGAAAUGCAUCCCUCGCAAUGCGACCAGGGUCGGCUGCUCCACCAUCUCCGUCAUCAGGGAAAUUUCCUACCAUGGCUGCACCGCACUGGUGACCAUGAACGACUGCUCCGGGUCCUGUGGGACCUUUGCCAUGUACUCGGCCCAGGCGCAGUCCCUGGACCACAAGUGCUCCUGCUGCAAGGAGUAUCGCACCAGCCAGCGGGAGGUGACGCUGCGGUGCCCGGGCGGCCGGACGCUCAGACACACCUACACCCACAUCGACAGCUGUCUGUGCCAGGACACCGUGUGCCAGCUGCCCUCCCAGCACAGGACCCGGCGCUCCGGCCCCAGGGUCCUGGGCCCAGGGAGGGGCUGAGCAGAGAGGGCUCGGCCACCGGGCCCGCCGCCACCGGCCACCGCCCGGCGUGUCCCCUCCCCCGGUGAAUCUCCUCGCUUCCUCCACCUUCUACGCUGACUUUCUCUCCACGAAUAUUUAUUUUCUGAGCCUUUUUUCAACUCUUCGCUUUUCCAAAUAAACUCGGGCAA